AAAUGUGCCAAAAUUUCUAUGGAGUCAUUGACUCCAAUAGUCUCCUCUGUACCACCAAGUGCAGCACCCUGAACCCAGAGUUUGUCGACUGUAACGGGGGUCAGUGCUCAGUCAGUAACGCAGGACUCAACUGCUACUGCAAGACCUCGGACCAGUACUGGUACACAGGGGACCUGUGUGAGAACGCUGUCAGUAAAGCAGGCGUCAUUGCUGGAGUUACAGUCGGACUCUUCGUUUUGCUCCUUAUAUUUAUCAUUGUUGUAAUAAUCCUAAUUAAGCGUCGGAAGAAAACAGGAAAAGAAACGUUAGUUGACAAUGAACACAACUGGUACAAUAACUGGGAAGGUGAAAACUUUGAAAAGGGGCAAAUCAGGAACUCAGCAUCUAACAGCAACAAUGGGUCUCAGAGCUCCAGCUUUGCUAACAGGGAGUUCAGGCCAGCGCUGGACAAAGUGGACACAAGUCUUAAGAUAAGGACCGGCAGAGCCAGAGUAGCUCAUUAACUAUUUUGGCAAAUCAUCUCAUCGUCUUGAAGAGCACUUAAUGUCUACAGCCAAUACUUUUGCACUGUUUCCCUCUAGCAGGCAACCUGCCUUUAUUAAUCAUCACACGUAUUCUCUAUUCUCAAUGCUAAUUACCAAUCAGCUAAUGAUUAGGCUUCAGCCAGAAACAAAAAUGGCCCACAUGGACCUCAUAUGCUGUCACUGAGCCAGUGAAGGUACAAUACACUUAGAUAUAAGGGGCUAAGGAGCUCCUCAUAUAAAAUACUUAUUCAUGAUACAGACUGCUUGGAACAAGCACAGUACUACAUUAUGGAUCCAACUUACCAUGGUUAUGAUUAACUCCAUGUUGGUAGAUACCAUUCAGUUAUGAAAAAAGAAGCCUUUAUAUACUUAUAUUGUGAUUCACCGAUUUUUACUUCAAUGCCUCUGUGAAUCAAUGUAGCCCAUAAUAUGUACCUACACACCUGUAACAUGAUUUAUUUCACAGCACUUACAUUAUACAGACCCUGUAUUACUUUAUAUUGCUUUACAUAGGAAUAAAAAAUCAUGGUUAGCUGCAAUUCCCCUCAGC